AUGGAAGAUUCUCAUGAGCAGAUGAUGGACAUUCCAAAUGCUUCUACGAGUAUACUGGACCAGGUAGACGACUAUUUGCACGAUGAUCACAGUUCACAUCAUGGUUCACAUCACGGCUCACAUCAUGAAGAUACUACUACUGCUACUUCUACUAGAUCGCCGACGGUAGAUGUCAAUAGUUCAAAAGAGAAUUCACAUUGGGUUCCCGACUCGAUGCAGGUCGAUUUGGAUCAUCUUUCACACACUUUGUUCAUACACAACGCGGACCAUGUGAACGAUGAGGAAUCGCAGUUGAAGAAACCGGAUUCUAAUCUGGUGAGACCAGAGAUGGUUUUCUCACCAAUGGCUUCGCCAUUGGUUAUGCCCACCAGGUGUACUUCUGCGGGUACUUAUGAUACACCAUUUAUGCUCCCACAACCUACUACUACCUCGGGACCUAAUACUACGAAUACCACACCUUUCCUUAACCCUUCGAUGGCUAGUAAUUCUUCUACUUCACUUUCGAGUCUGCGCGGUACUACGCGGAAGCAGAAACAUGGUGGUGUAAGUCAAUUCUCUCCCCUGAGCUCGCCGGCGUUGACCGCCAUCGAUCAGGCUCAGAUUGUCAAUUUUGCAUUACCGGAGUCUACAAUUACUUCACUGCCAAAGUCCCGUUCCAGGAAGAAAUCCGCAUUUUCCUCUUCUUCCGCCAAUUCUAAGGUCGUCAAGAGUAGUCCGCGUAUGAACGCAACCAAUUCUUCGAGACGUCAAUACGCUGCGGAUCAGUUCAAGGGUAAUUCUCCUGUGAUUGCAAAUGAGCAUUCGUGGGACGAUGUUAUCUUUAAAUUACCUGAGAGUAGUGUUAAGGAUACCAAAUGGCACAAUAAUGAUGAACCAACACCGAAAUCUUCUUCAUCGAGUAGUGGAACCCCAGUUGCCAUGAUGAACUAUCCGAAGGUUAUACUUCCGUCUACUGCAAAACCAAGAUAUGACGAUCCAAAGUCUCCAAAGGAGACUACACAACUAAUAAAAGUCGCUAGUAACGCUAGUGAAAACGACAGGGUGAUUAGAGCUACGGAAUCACCUGUCAUCAAACCAAAGAUGAAUCAGUAUCAGGAUACACCGGUAUGGAAACCCAACUUCAAACCAAGUUUUUCACCAAGAAGUGAUGAUGCGCAUAUAGAGACUAAGCGAUUCACGGAACCACGCCCUCAGACGCGAAAGGCUACAUCUGCGUCCUCACUGCAGUUGUCACAGGGCAACGGUUCAAGUGAUGAUGGUGAAUUGUCCAAGAAAGAGGUCCACAAAGUGGCCGAACAAGGUCGUAGAAAUCGACUCAACACUGCAUUAGGCGAUUUAAAUUCGUUGUUACCGCCAGAAUUAAAGGAAUCGAUACCGAUCCCUUCGAAGGCUACUACGGUUGAACUCGCAUGCGAAUACAUAAGAAGACUGGUUGCGACCAGAAAUGCAUCGGAGUAA